AUGAGCUUUGUACGUAGGGUUUUAGCUUCAACUAGAAAGGGUUUAUCUUUAACUUCUCAAAUUCAAAUCAAUCCCCCUAAAUCUCAACUGCCCUUUUGCAAUUACCACUCAAUUCCCAACAAUUUACUGCAAAAAUUGUUAAAAGAACCAAAAUCACGCAUCAAAAUCAUUCUUGAUUCUGAAGAAAAUUCGACUCUCAAAAGCAUUGGUUUUUCCUGGGAUGCUCUUCUUUCUGCUAUCAAUUCUUCUUCUACAUCCAAGGCAAACCUGAUUUCUAGUACUUUUGGCUUGUAUUUAUGGCUAGUUAUUAUUAACCAGGCUUUGGAGUGGAGAUUAGAGAAACUGCUGAAGCACAAUGAAAGAAAUCAUGAGUUGUUUGCUGAACUAAUUUCUCAUUGUGAGGAAACACGAAAUCUCGAGUUAGCUAUGCGUACAUUUAUGGCAAUGGAGUCUGUUGGGUUAAAACCAACAUCUGAUAUCUUUAACUCGUUGAUUUUGGUUUCGUUGCGUGUGGGAAAUGAAAUGACUGCGCUUGGCUUGUUUGAGGUUAUGGAGAGGUCAGAAGACUAUAAACCAGAUUCUAAAACUUAUAAUGCUUUCGUUUCGAUGUAUGCUAAGUCUGGUAAUGUUAAGGCUAUGCAAGCAUGGGCCUCAGCUAAGAGAGUUGCUGGUAUUCCUGCUGAUUUGCAGCUGUAUGAAUUUCUAAUUUCCGGCUGUGUUAAAGCAAAAAGAUAUGAUACAGCCGAAAAUUUUUAUGAAGAAAUGAUAUCAUCAGGAUUUGUACCUAAUAUAUACAUUUUGGACAGAAUAAUUGAUGGUUUGUGUGAACAGCAGGAUAUUGGUAGAGCUAAAGAGUUUUUGCUCAGCAUUAUUGAUAAUGGUUGGGCAAUUAGUCCACAUAUAGCAGACAGACUUGCACAUCUGUGUUCUGAACUAGGAAAAAUUGAGGGAAUUGAAGAGCUUCUCCAAAUCUUAACUGCAUCAAAGGAAAGUCCAGAAGUUCUUUCGAGAGUGCAUUGUGGAAUCAUAGGUAUGCAUGCAAGGGCAGAUAGAUUAGAUGAUAUGGAAUAUGCCGUUGGAAGAAUGUUGAAACAAGGGUCAACAUUCAAAUCAGCUGAUGAUAUCAAGGUGAUCAUCCGAUCUUACUUUAGGCGAGCAGCAUAUGAUAGGCUCGAGUUAUUUUUGGAGCAUAUAAAGGGCUCAUGCCAGUUCACAAAAUCAACAUAUGAUUUAUUGGUCACUGGUUAUAGUGAAGCUGGGUUAUCCGAACAACUGGGCAUGCUGCUGAAGGAAUUGGGUCUUUGUGAAACUUCAUGA